UACUCGCAGAAUGAAGGGAUUCGGUCUUUUGCUCUUGGUGACGGUGGUUGCGGCGGAACUACCGCCGUACCCUCCAAGCGGUUGGAAACCCGCAGGUCAAAGGUUGCAGCUUCCCAUCAGAGGAAGACCUCUGAGGCAGCAGGAACUUCCCGUUCCGCACACGGUUUACGGUGCACCCUCAACCCAAGCUCCAGUUCCUCACACCGUUUAUGGACCACCGUCCACGGAGGCCCCAAGCACCGAACCAACGUUCCAAUACGGACCGCCAGCAAACGAGUACGGAGCUCCGGUGCAACCGGAAAUCGAAACGGCUGUAGAACCGGAAGAUGCCUACGGUCAACCCGAUAACGAAUACGGAAGUCCUCAGCAACCCGGAAAUGAGUACGGUGGUCCUCAACAACCCGGAAAUGAGUAUGGUGGUCCUCAGCAACCUGGAAAUGAGUACGGCGGUCCUCAACAACCUGGAAACGAAGAGGAAGGAAGCGGAACUUUACCUUUAGAUCCGGGCGCGACCGAAACCGUCAGGCAGAACCAGUUCAUCCAGCAGCUUCCUCACUACAAACCGUCCAACUUCAAGGCUCCGGAAAGGCUGCGACAGGGCAACCGCAACAAUCAAAGACCUCAGAACUUCCAGCAGCAGCAGAGACCGCAGAACGUGAGGCAGCAGGUACCACAGAAUGUGAGGCAACAAGUUCCGCAGAAUGUGAGGCAGCAGAACGCUCGUCCCAAACCCCAGAGGUUGACCACCAACGUGCAGAUCACCAAGCAACCGAUCCGUUACGUGCAGACCGACUACAAGACCAUCAGCGAGCAGGAUUACAAGAGGAUUCCGUCCAGGAUUCAGCAGGCUCCGAAGAGCGCCAACUUCAACGCUCAACGUUUGCCCAACAGAGCCGCCGCUCCUCAAUUCCAGAGGCAGCAACAGUUGUACACGACGACGACGACGACCACAACCACCCAAAGACCGACAACCACCGCCAGGAAGAUCAAGAGGACCAGGAAACCCAGCACCCAGGAGGAAAUAGAUUUUGUCCCGAACAUAGCUGUUUCCACCGCCGUCGCCGCUGAAUACUACGUUCUUCAGGACGAUGGAAACGUGCAGAAGGUAGCUUACACCAACAAGGAUGGACAGAUCGAAGGAGAAAUCACCUCCAAUUUACGCUACGAAGACAUCGAUCCCGUCAACCCAAUCUACUCGAUCAACGAAAACAACCAGCUCAUCAGAAUCAACAAAUAACUCUGCACAAUACCAAA